AUGGAUAAAGAUUUAUUAACAAAACAUUCAUCAAUUGAUAUAACAAAUAAAAUUAAUGAAUUAAUAACUUUUAAUAAUAAUGAAAAAUUAAAAUCUCUUCUUGAAAUAUCUUUAAAUUUGUCGAUUACUAUUCCAUCUAUAGAAGAAACAUUACAACAACAAAUUGAUGAAAAUAAACGAUAUCUUAUAACUUCUUUACUCAAUGAUCUUUCAUCAAGAAAGAAAGUUUCUCAAAGAAAAGAUUCAAUUAUAUCUCAAUCAUUAAAACGACAAAAAAUUCAAAAACAGAAAUCUUUGAAAAAAAAACGUCAAUCGGUUAUUAUCAAACAAAUUGAAGAUAUUGAAUUUAUUCCAACAAUCAAUGAUGAAUCUCUUUCUACUCAAGUUUUUAAUAUCGAACAAGAAUAUCAAGAAAUUCAAUCUUCUAUUCCAAUUACAUCCGAAAGUAAAGUUAUCUAUCAUAAAUUUGGUGAAAGAGAAACAAAAUCUCAAGAAGAACCACUAAUAAUAAUUCCACGUAAAGCCGCUUCAUUUAUUUCUGCUACUCAAGACAAACAAAUUGAUGUUGAAGAUAAUCCUGCCAAAAAAUAUAAAAAGAAGAAACGUUCAUAUGCUAUUACAAUGCAUUUACUUAAUGUAAAACGUUUUACGAUUCCACCUAUAUCUGUUAUUAACUUUGAUCAAACAUAUCAUAAAUAUAAUGAUAAUAUUGAAAUAAAAAAUGAAAAAUUUGAACAAUCACGUUUACAACAUUUACUUAAAUCAAUGAUAAAAAAUUUUGAUUUUGAUAAUAAUUUUCAAAAAUAUAAUAAAGAAAUACAAAAUAUUGAUCUUGAUAAAGAAUUAUUUGAUUUUAAUAAUGAUAUAAAAGAAAUUGAUCAAUCAGCUAUGUUUACAGAAUAUAUUCUAUUUAAAUAUAUUGAUAAAUUAAUUUUAGUUUGUGCACAUACAGAUGAAUUUCAUUCAUUAAAUAAAUAUCUUAUGUCAGAUAUAUCAUAUUAUUUUGAUGAUGAUUUCAUUGAUGAAUCAGAUUUAUUUCAAAAUCAAAGAAAUUUAGAUAAUUACGUAUUUAAUUUCAUUUAUUUUAUAAUAGAAUAUUUAUAUUUUUCUAGAAUUGAAUCUCGAAUUAAACAAUCUACUCAACGUUUUCAUGAUGAUUAUAUUGUUAAAGAAUUUUUUAAUUGUUGGAAAGAUUAUACUGUUGAACAAGCUCGUAUAGCUGAAUUAAGACGAAAACGUAUUACAAUUGAUUUUCGUGAAUUUUGUCGACAUCGUCAAUUAAUUAAUUAUGAUAAUAAUGAUAAUAAAAAUUAUUUUAUAUCUUUAUCAAAUUUAAUAACACAUAAUGAUGAAAUUUUAUCAUUAAUACGUGAACGUAUUCAUUUUUUAAAUCGUACUAAAACUUAUAUUAAUAUAUAUCGUGAUGAAUUAGCUACUAAAGAACUUUUAUUAAAUAGUUCAUUAUUACAACGAGGUACAAUUAAAGAUUUAGAUAAAUUAAUUCUUGAUUAUUAUGCAUCUAUUGAACAACAAAAUAUAAAAAUUUUAUCAAAAUCUUCAAGUAGUAUUAUUAAAUUACCUAUGUUGAAACCAUCAUCAUUUAUCUAUAAAUCAAAUUCAAAAUUAUCUCGACAAACAAUGGCAAUUUCACAAUAG